UUACAGCUGUGCGUUCAAGGAGGAAGACUGUACACUGUGUACACCACUUUAUUCCAAGGGACUGAGUGAGUGCUCAAUAAAGACUCACCAAUAUUUUCAUUUUCUUGCUCUUGCGUAAAGGGAAAUUCAAGGCAAGCAUGGAAGUUUGUAAAGGUCGUUUACUUGGUAUCUCAGUCGCUGUUGCUCAUGGAUUUUUCUCGGGAUCGUUGAACAUUUUACUAAAAUUUCUCAUCACGACUUAUAACUUCAACUACCUCACUCUCAUCCAGUGCCUCACCAGCACGCUGGCAGCGAUUACACUGGAGAUACUGAGGAGACUGGGCAAAGUAGACAUACCUCCGUUCAGUCUUCAACUAGCCAAAGUCUUCGGAGGUGUUUGUAUUCUGUCCACAUUACAGUCCACUCUAACACUAUGGUCUCUCAGAGGACUGAGUCUACCCAUGUAUGUCGUUUUUAAACGGUGUCUACCGUUGGUCACCCUAGGCAUCGGCGUGUGCGUUCUGAAGAACGGUAUCCCGUCAGUGGGGGUCAUAACGGCGGUGCUCAUCACCACUGGAGGAGCAGCUUUAGCUGGAUCUGGUGACGUGACGGGUGACACGUUUGGCUACGUGACGGGCGUCCUGGCUGUGAUCAUCCACGCCUCCUACCUGGUCUUGAUCCAGAAGACCAGCACAGACAGUGAAUAUGGCCCCCUCACGGCCCAGUACUCCAUCGCCAUCAUGGCCUCCCCAGUUCUCUUAAUCUGCUCCAUUGUCAGCAUGGACUCCAUCAACAUGUGGAGUUACACGGGCUGGAGUAACCCCUUCAUCUCUGGCAUCUUCUCCCUCUGCAUAGUCAUCGGCUGUGCCAUGAACUUCACGACGCUGCAAUGCACCUACAUCAACUCGGCCGUCACCACCAGCUUUGUGGGAGUGGUGAAGAGCAUUGCCACCAUCACAGUGGGCAUGGUAGCCUUCAGCGACGUGGAGCCCACCAGCCUGUUUGUUGCCGGUGUUGUGGUCAACACUGUGGGCUCCAUCACCUACUGCAUCGUCAAGUACUUUGAGACCAGGAGGAAGACCCUCUACCAGGACCUGGAGGAGCAAAGCAAGGACGAGAGUCUGCCUGGACAAACUUACAUUGAGAAGAAGCCUCCCAAUGGAGACCUGGAGCCCUUGCCCAAUGGUCACGGAUGGGCCGAUGAAGGAUCGAUUGAACAGGUCCCCACACAGGACCACCUCCUCAAUGAUCAGAGCCUCAGUGACUACCCACUUCCAGACACCAGCAACAGCGUGGAGUCUGUAGAACUCCAGAGAGAGGCCUUUCAUAACGAGAAUCGGGCCAACCAGGCCAACCAGUCUGUGAGUGACAGUUACCUAAGGGUGUGUAGGUCCAUCCGUAACCUGCAGUUCUUGAACAAAGACACCUUAAUAGAUAAUAUGGAGGUGCAGAGCCCUUAAUGGGGAAUCACUCUAAUUUCAAACGGUGCAUGUUUUGUCAGUCUUUUCUGUUUGUAUGUUUUUUUCUGUUUAUUUGUAAGACUGGUUGGACAUUGGGCACUGAUUUAAUGUUUAGAACAUGCGCUUAUGGAAGCAGCAAAGUAUUUUUGAGAAGAUGGAGUGUUUAUAUGAAUUGGAAAAAAUAUACUGACUAUUUAUAAAAGCAUUUAUGUUUAAAUGUUUUAUAUGGAUUUAUCAGUCAUAUUAAUAACAGGUGAAUAGUUGAUGGUAAAAUUACUAAAACUAGGGGUCAAAGACAUCUGAUACCAUAAUAAUGGAAUACCUCCCAACCACUAUUUUGCUGUAUGGUAAACAAAAUGAAUUGUCUGUGUGACAGUGCAUCGGGUAUGGUUGAUAUGUAUUUACAUGUUAUAAAAAGAUUAAUACCA